UUUAAUUUUAGUUGAUAAUGCAUCUUGUAAUUAUAAUUCAAACAGUAUUUUACCGACUUCUAAUUCUAAUAAUAAUAGUUAUAAAGAAGAAACUGAAUUAGCAGAAACAUCUGUAUUUAGAAUUAGUAACAUAUGA